AUGUUUACUCCCCGUGUUACUGCUAGAAUCCUGCGUUCUGUUUUUGUUGGAUUGUAUGUUCCUUCAAAGAAGAUACCUCAAAGGUUUUGUCAACAAAAGAUGGGUAUGGAAACAAUCAAACUCUCGACCGGCGGGUGCAUGCCUGUGCUUGGACUUGGAACAUGGCAGUCCAAGGACGAGAACGAAUUGACUCGUGCUUUGAAAACAGCUCUAGAUUGUGGCUACCGAUUGAUUGAUACUGCGUUCGUAUAUGGUAAUGAAUCUAUUAUCGGAAAAACGCUGAACGAUUAUUUCAAGGACGGGAAGCUUAGAAGAGAAGACAUCUUCAUCACAUCUAAGCUCCCCUUCACAGCACAUUCUCCCGAAGAUGUGGAGAAAUGUGUGAAAAUGCAGUUGGAGGCGCUUCAAACCGAUUACCUCGAUCUCUACCUUGUUCACUGUCCAUUGCCUUUUCAGAAGGAAGACGACAGUUUUGCACCCGCUUUUGUAAAUGACAUGCAAGUUCCGAUUGUGAUCGACCAUUUGGACACUUGGCAUGCUUUGGAGAAACUCUACGACGCGGGAAAAUUGAAGGCUCUUGGUCUAUCUAACUUCAACGCCACGCAGGUGAAAAAUGUUUACGAUCAUGCACGUAUAAAACCCGCAAAUUUGCAGGUUGAAUGUCAUUUGUAUUGGCCACAAACGGAGCUAUAUGAACUCUGCAAAAAGCUAAACAUCUCAUUCACAGCAUAUGGUCCACUAGGAUCACGAGGAAGAAAGGAGUUCAAUCCAAACAUGAAGUGGCCGGAAGCCGAUCCACUUUCGGAUAUUAUCGUCAAAGAACUUGCGCAGAAACAUGGCAAAACACCGGCGCAAAUUUUACUACGUCACCUUAUACAACGCGGAAUGGCUGUUAUUCCCAAAAGUGUCAAACCGGAGCGCGUCAAGGAAAACUUCGAUGUUUUCGACUUUUCCCUGAGUGAUGACGAAAUGACUAAACUUAACUCAAUCGAAACAAGAAUGAGACUUUUUCUCUUCGACUUCGCAAUCGGUCAUCCCUUCUACCCAUUCGAAGAAGUCGAUCAGUCUAAGAUGUCAAUGAUUUCGCUCAAAGCAUAG